AUGUCCUCGACGCCGCCGCCGUGGCACGCUGCCUUCCCAGCACCCAAGCACGAGCCCGCCGCUCUCACCGCCAACGAGGUCCUCAACCUGCUCCAAGGCGCCGAGGCCAACCCUUCUCAAGCAAGAGAUUUUGUCCUGGUUGAUCUGCGACGUAACGACCACGAGGGUGGCACGAUCCGGACCUCGCUCAACUUGCCAGCGCAGAGCCUCUACCCAUCCAUCCCCACCCUCUACGAAGUGUUCAGAGCUGCUCAAGUGAAGACUGUCCUCUGGUACUGCGGUGAGUUGCUUAGAGAUCCCUGGUCCAUCGGGCGUUUCCUGAUGCAAACAGGAUCCUCACUUGGCAGAGGCAGCCGCGCUGCCGGCUGGCUCGGCGACCAGAUCGCCGAGAAGGGUGACACGCAGAUGAGAAGCGUCAUCUUGCGCGGCGGCAUCAAGGGCUGUGUUGCUGUGCGGGGAGAGCUUCACGUCAUGCAUGUCUGGGUAUGA